CUAUAUAGAGAGAGAGAAGAGAAGAGAAGAGAAGAGAAGAGAAGAGAACGAUGGGGGUUGAUUACUACAACAUACUGAAGGUGAAUCGGAACGCGAGCGAGGACGACCUGAAGAAGGCGUACAAGAGGCUUGCCAUGAUAUGGCAUCCUGACAAGAAUCCGGCGAGCAAGCGGUCCGAAGCGGAAGCCAAGUUCAAGCGAAUCUCGGAAGCCUACGACGUCCUCAGCGACCCCGCCAAGCGCCAGAUCUACGAUCUCUACGGCGAGGAGGCUCUCAAGUCCGGCCAAUUUCCCCCGCCGCCGCCGUCGUCUUCUUCUUCUUCGGCUUCGUCGCGGUCCCAUUUCCGGCAGCACCACCCGAACUCCUCGUCGUUCCGGUUCAAUCCGCGCGACGCCGACGACAUCUUCGCGGAGAUCUUCGGAUCCGAGGGCGCGACCUCCGGGAGGAGCGCCAGCAGGGGGAGGGGUUACUCCAGGGACGGCGGCGCGUUCUUUAGGACCUCCAACGGUGCGGCGGAUUUCGCAGGGAAUAAUGGCGGCGGCGGCGGAUGUCAGAGGAAGGCCAAUGCGGUGGAGAAUUUGUUGCCGUGUAGCUUGGAGGAGCUUUACAAGGGCGUCAUGAAGAAGAUGAAGAUUUCGAGAAUCGUCCACGAUUCGUUUGGUAGGUCUCGAACUGUUGAGGAAAUACUAACGAUUGAGAUAAAACCUGGAUGGAAGAAAGGCACAAAGAUAACUUUUCCUGAGAAGGGUAACCAGGAGCCUGGUGUCAUUCCCGCAGAUUUAAUUUUUGUUGUUGAUGAGAAACCUCAUGCUCUUUACAAGAGGGAUGGUAAUGAUCUAGUGGUGAACCAGGAGAUAACUCUAUUGGAAGCCCUCACUGGAAAGACCCUUGACCUCAUCACCCUAGAUGGAAGGAACCUUACGAUCCCUCUAAACGAUAUCAUCAAGCCCGGGGCUGAGAAAGUUGUCCAAAAUGAGGGAAUGCCGAUGUCGAAGGAGCCUGGAAGGAAAGGAAACUUGAGGAUCAAAUUCGAUGUCAGAUAUCCUUCAAGGCUUACUGCAGAACAGAAAGCUGAUCUGAGAAGAGUUUUGGGAGGAGUUCUAUAGUGGUUACUAACUAUUGACAUUCAUGAUUGGCCAUAGUGUAAAUAACCACGUCUAUAUUUUGUUGAAGAAUGUGAAUACUAGGAAAAGCUUGCAGGACUGAAAGGGGUUUAGGGAUCAGAUUUGGAAGGUCCUUCCGAUCCGCGAUUUAGAUGCUUUAGGGUUUGGUGUUAAUAUAAAUUAGCUGGGGUUUGGCUUGGUGGAAGAGAUGAAUAGGUUAUUUACAUCUUAGCUUCUGCAUUUUUGGUGAGUCAGUUUUGCUAUUGAUUCCCAUUCUAUAUAUACUUGAGAAAUAGUUCUUGGAUUUUGCAUGAUAGAGAAACUGGUUUUUGUCCACUUAGAAAUUGAAAAAUGUUACAGAUUUUAUAUUUAUUCAUUCAAC